AUAUAUCUUGAACUAUAAGAAUGGGGACGCCAAUAAUAUUAAUUCUCAAGUGCCUUUCCUUGGCAUUUUGGUGUUUUUUAACUUUGGGGUGGGUAGAAGCUCGUAAGGACCUUGAGGAUACAAAUCAUGUCAAUAGACAAGUGAAGAAACCGGAGUGGUUUUUUGAUGGCCAUCCGGGUUGGAACGGCGGUGGUGGAGGAGGAGGAGGUUUUGGCGGUGGUAGUUUUGGGCAUUCUUUUAGUUUUGGAAAAGGGUUUGGAUAUAGCUUUGGCUAUGGUAAGCCUAUUACAGCAAAGCCUGAUUGUAUAGGAAAAGGUGGUGGCGCAGGAAGUGGCAUUGGAGGUAGUACUCCGGGCGGUGGAGUUAACCCUAAAACCGGGAAAAAACAUCAUCAUGAUGGUCCUAUCGUAAUUGGUCAUGGAGGAGGGGUUGGGAAAGGAAUUGGAAAAGGAAAAGGAGGUGGUUUAGGGGGAGGAUCAAAGGGAGGAGGCAUUGGAAAAGGAGGUGGUUUAGGAGGAGGCAUUGGAAAAGGAGGUGGUUUAGGAGGAGGAUCAAAGGGAGGCAUUGGAAAAGGUAUUGGUGGUGGAAUAGGAGGUGGUGUUGGUGGAGGAAUUGGAGGCGGUGGUGGUGGUGGGCUUGGAGGUGGCGGUGGUGCUGGUGGGCUUGGAGGUGGCGGUGGUGCUGGUGGAGGAAUUGGAGGCGGUGCUGGUGGAGGCAUUGGAGGCGGUGCUGGAGGAGGAGUUGGAGGCGGUGCUGGUGGAGGCAUUGGAGGCGGUGCUGGUGGAGGAAUUGGAGGCGGUGCUGGAGGAGGAGUUGGAGGCGGUGCUGGUGGAGGAAUUGGAGGCGGUGCUGGAGGAGGAGUUGGAGGCGGUGCUGGUGGAGGAAUUGGUGGUGGUGCUGGUGGAGGAGUCGGAGGAGGCGGUGGAGUUGGUGGAGGAGUUGGAGGGGGUGCUGGUGGAGGAAUCGGAGGGGGUGCUGGUGGAGGAAUUGGAGGAGGUGCUGGUGGAGGAAUAGGAGGCGGAGGUGGUGUUGGUGGAGGAUUUGGAGGAGGUGGUGGUACUGGUGGUGGAAUAGGAGGCGGAGGUGGUGUUGGUGGAGGAUUUGGAGGCGGAGGUGGUGUUGGUGGAGGAUUUGGAGGCGGUGGUGGUGCUGGUGGUGGAAUAGGAGGAGGCGGAGGUGGUGGUUUUGGUGGAGGAAUAGGAGGAGGAGGUGGCGGUUUCGGUGGAGGUGGCGGCGGUAAGGAGUGA